UGUAUUUAAAAAAAAAACGUAAAUUGUUCUCAAUGUUGUUCAUUGCAAUCAACAAACAAAGAUUAUACUAUUAUAUAUGUUAAAUAAAUGGUCGAUUUUAAACAGAUAGAUUGCCUGAAAAUACAGAUGUGAGAACAAAAACAGCAGGGUGCGUGAGCUUUAAACUGGGAGGGUGGAUUUUCUCAUCCUUCAAGUGGGCGAUGGGAUAUGCUAAUUAACAGCUGGCCAAUGUGGGCUAGCUACUCCCGCCUUGGAUAUAUAAGAGGCCCCUUGGCUGCAGCAAAGACACUUCACUCAAUUACCUAGCUUAUUAAGAACUUUCCUGUUGGCAUCACACUGAAAGAUUCCACAGCCUUCAUAUUUGAGCGAUCCUGUGAAGGAACUCCAGAAGCUUUCUGCCUACAGCAAGCAGCAAUGGAAACCUCAGACAGCUGCCACUUUUCCCCAUCUCAGCUGCUUCAUGAUAGUUCUUGCAUCCCUUCCCCAGAGGGAUCAGAGUUCAUAGAUGACUUUGAGCACAGGCUGGCCGGUUUGGAGGACCUUCAAGGGUCCGACGAGGACGAGCAUGUGAGAGCCCCCAGUGGCCACCACCAAGCUGGCCAUUGCCUGAUGUGGGCUUGCAAAGCGUGCAAGAGGAAGUCAAGCACAGUGGACCGGAGAAAGGCAGCUACCAUGCGGGAGAGGAGGAGGCUCAAGAAGGUGAACCAGGCAUUUGAGAACCUCAGGAGGUGUACCUCUGCUAACCCCAGCCAGAGGCUGCCCAAGGUGGAAAUCCUACGCAACGCUAUCCACUACAUUGAGAGUCUCCAGGAUGUCCUGAGAGAGCAGGUGGAGAACUACUACAGCCUGCCUGGACAAAGCAGCUCCGAGCCAGGCAGCCCCAAUUCCAACUGCUCUGAUGGAAUGGAGUGCAACAGCCCCGUUUGGUCACAUAGAAACAGCUGCUACAGCUACGAGUUACAGAAUGUGUUCCCCGGUGAGAGAGGCCCUGCUGUGUCCAGUUUGGAAUGCUUGUCAAGUAUAGUGGACCGCCUUUCCUCAUCCAAUCAGUGUGGUUUGGCUGUGCGAGACAGCAGCAGUGCCCUAUCACCUACCAGCACUAACUUCCUACCCAGCACUCCAGGAACGCCGCCCACAAAACCUGUUUACCAUGUUCUGUGAACCACUGAGAGCCUCUCUAACAGACAUUAAUAUAUUAAAUGAAGAGGCCAAGAACAUCAAGAAUGUACCCCAUUCAAAGUGUAUAUUUGUAAAUAUGCCAUUCACAGUAUACUUUUUAUACUUAAUUAUACAUAUUUAAUUGAACUAAACUGUACUUUGCUAGAGAAACUGCUGAAUGCAGUUUGUUAUUGUAUGUUUCUUUUCUAAAGUAAUUAAUACAUUGUUCUUAAAUAACCUGUGUUCCAGUUUGUCAUGUUUAUUCUGAAUGCUGCCUAUUAAAAAUAA